UUGACGCCGCUGCGUACGGAGCAGCUGCCGCCGGGAGGCUGACGCACGGCCGAUAAACCUCGCCUGAGACCCGGGCAGCGGAGCGAGCGGAGCCUCGCACGGAGAGCGGCAUUGUUCAGCCCGUGAACAGAGGCGUGUGUAGCGGAGCCGGUGAUUCAGUUUCUACCGUCGUGGAUGAGCGGAACGCCGCCCGUACCGGCGGCAGUGGAUCUGUUUUGGUUUCACCGAUAAAAACAAACCGACAACCGAGGGGAGCUUGAUGAGAUUUUUUUUUGUGUGCUUUUCCCAGGAAACUAAACCGCUUUAAAAUGGCAUCCGCCGCCCGCUGCUGGCGACCGUAGAGCGCGAGACUCAGCUCCAUGUGUCCUCGCCGGUUCCUGUAGCAGCAGAUCGGGCAUCAUGUCGGCGCCUCAGACCCAGAAGGAGGGCGAGGCGGGCUGGGGCUGCCUGGAGGCUCUGGGUCUCAGUCAGAAGGAUCUGGUCCUGGCCGAGGCCCUGCAGAUGGAGUACGACGCCCUGUCCAGGCUCAAGCAGGACAAGAGCGGCCCGGACAGCGUCCAGAGCGGCCCCCGGACCCCCGCCCGCUCCAAGACCCCCAAUCCCUCCAUCGAACGGCCCCGCCCUACCCCUAGCCAGCCCGUUCCCACCCCCGCGGGAGGAAGCCUGCUGCGGGGCCUCUCUGGCUCCGACCCCUCCCUGAACCAGCCUGGAGGGUCGCGGUCUUCCCACUCCGUGCCCUCCCGGGCGCCCCCUCCUCAGGGGGGCUACUUCAAGGAGCCCCUGUACAUCCUGGACAGUCCGGAGGUCAGCAAGUUCAGGGACGUGCUCGGUUACGGCCUCGGGAACUCGCUCGGAUCCGGGUCGGGGUUCCUCUCCAAGGGCCUCCCCUCUUUUCCGGACGACGUCCCCCCCGCCCUCCCCCCGAGGAACCCCCUCCCCGCGUCGUCGGGGUCAGAGAACCCCUUCCUGCCCUCCCCAGGGCCCACCGCGCCCCGCAACGUCAACCUGUUCACGCCAGACGUGGAUCCGCCCAAAGUGACUUCGGGAGAGCUGAACUACGACAACAUCAACGAGUCGCUGUCCCGGCUCAACGGGAGCCGCCACGGGCCCCGGGGGCGGCGGGCCAACGGGGACCAAUCGGGUAAGCCGGUGGCCCGCAGCAAGACCCUUCCCCCUCAAGUUCCGCCCAGGACGUACGUACCCGUUCCCAAGAGCAACAAGAACCAUCGGCGCGUGUCAGCAGACCCGGUGUCUCUGGGCUCCCGGAUGAACGGGUUUGGAUACGAACUGUUCCAGGUGUCUGAGGAGAGAGAUGAGGAAGUGGCAGCUUUCUGUCACAUGCUGGAUGUGUUGCGGUCGGCGUACCCGCACAGCGACGGCUCGAAGAACGGCGGCUUCGUCUGGUCUCCGUCCGUCGGCCUGGAGGAGCUGCACCAGGGUCUCGGGGUCGGCGUGAAGGUCACCGUCAUCAGCGAGCACUUCAGAGAGCCGCUCACCUUCACCUGUGACGGCUCGUCCACGGUGGACCUGCUGAUCUAUCAGACUCUGUGUUACGCUCAGGACGACCUGGACCACAUGGACGUGGACGACUACCUGCUGAAGGUCUGUGGACACGACGAGUUCCUCAACAACUCUCAGACUCUGGCCGGUCUGGAGUUUGUUCAACAGUGUCUGAAGUUCGACUGGGACGUCCGACUGGUUCUCACCAAGAGAUCCUCCAUCAACACGGAGCUGUCUCGCACGAAAGAAGAUGAUGAGACAAUGUCCACCAUGAACCACAGCAUCCUGCUGCAGGAGCGUCCAAUCAAACAGACUGUCACCCGUGAGGCUCUGACUCUUCUGCUGGAUACGUUUCAUAAUGAAGCCGAGUCCUUCCUGCUGUCAGAGGCGGAGCUGCCGCUGCACGUGGAGCGCCUCGUCCAAUCGGUGAAGGCGCUCUGCAGCUCGUUAGCUGCCGUGGAGACGCCCGAUGUGACCGCUGCCCUCAGCCAGCUCCCAGCAUGCCCCUGUCGUCUGCAGCCCAAAGUCCUCAAGGAUGCUUCAGUGCUCGCUGUCAGAGAGAACAGAGACAAAGUGGUGGAGAAGUUGACGGCGGCCAUCUUGGAUCUGGUGGAGCUCUACUGCAGCACGUUCAACGCCAACUUCCACACGGCGGCGCAGAGCCGCUGCUGCACGGCGCCGGUGCAGGAGGCCGGCCUCGUCAACAACGUGCUCUCCUUCAACGUGCACGCCGCCCACCGCAUCCCCAUCACCUGGGCCGCCAGCUACGAGGGUUUCUUCCUGUCCUGCUCGCUGACUCACGGAGGCGCGGAGCUCUGCGCGCCGCAGCACACCAGCAAGCAGGCGGUCAGCAAAUACCUGUUCCACCUGGUGGUGUGGGACCAGAGGGUGUGCUUCCCGGUGCAGAUCAACCAGCUGCCCAGAGAGUCCCAACUGACGGUGACCCUCUACGCCAGCUCUCUGCCGCCCCCCGGUGGAGCCGAGGAGAAGGGGCGGCAGCGGCGCAGCAUCGAGGCCCUGGGAUGGGUCACCAUGCCGCUCUUCAACUUCAGACACGUCCUGACAUGCGGCAGGAAGUUACUCGGCCUGUGGCCUUCGGCUCCGGGGGGCACCGGAAACGCCCGGACGAGCUCGCCAAACUUCAGCCAGCCGGACAGCGUGAUCCUGCAGGUGGACUUCCCCACCUCGUCGUUCGAGGUCCUGUUCAGUACGCCGUCUCCGGCAGACUUCUGUCCUCAGUACGACUUCUCCAGACUGGAUACAAUCAGUCAGAUCCAGCUGCAGGACGUCCUCCACAAGAAGGCCGUCUUCUGGUUGACGGUGGAGGACAAGCGUCUUCUUUGGGAGAAGAAGGCCUUCUGUCAGUCAGAGAGUGCGGCUCUUCCUCUGGUGCUGGCCAGCGCCCCCUGCUGGGAGUGGGCCUGCCUGCCGGACAUCUACGCCCUGCUGAAACAGUGGGCCUGCCUCGGUCACCAGGACGCACUGGGACUCCUCCACGCCUCGUUUCCGGACCAGGAGCUGAGGAGGACGGCUGUUCAGUGGAUGGACUCCAUCUCGGAUCCAGAGCUACUGGACUUCCUCCCUCAGCUCGUCCAGGCUCUGAAGUACGAGUGUUACCUAGACAGCUCUCUGGUUCGCUUCCUCCUACGGAGAGCCAUCGGGGACAUUCGCAUCGCUCACUACCUCUUCUGGCUGCUGAAGGACAACCUGCAGGACAGUCAGUUCAGCGCUCGCUACCAGCACCUUCUGGCCGCUCUGCUGUGCUGCGUCGGCCGAGGCCUCCGUGAGGAGUUUGACCGGCAGUGCUGGCUCGUGUCCGUCCUCGCCACCGUGGCCCACAAAGUCCGAGACGCCUCGCCGUCCAGCAGACAGUGUGUACUCAGGGAGGGUCUAGAGGAGAUGAAGCAGUUCUUCUUAGUGAACAGCAGCUGCCGACUUCCUCUGAACCCGGCGCUGCUCGUCACAGGGAUCAACAUCCAGGCCUGUUCCUUCUUCAACUCCAACGCUGUUCCCCUCAAACUGUCCUUCCAAAACCUGGACCCCAGGGGAGACAACAUCAGCGUCAUCUUCAAGUCAGGAGACGACCUGCGGCAGGAUAUGCUGACUCUGCAGGUGAUCAGGAUUAUGAACAAGAUCUGGAUCCAGGAAGGACUGGACAUGAGGAUGGUCAUCUUCAAGUGUUUCUCUACCGGCAGAGGACGAGGUAUGGUGGAGAUGAUUCCUCAGGCUGACACUCUGAGGAAGAUCCAGGUGGAACACGGAGUCACCGGGUCCUUCAAAGACCGGCCGCUGGCCGACUGGCUGCAGAAACACAACCCCAGCGAUGAGCAGUACGACAAGGCGGUGGAGAACUUCAUCUUCUCGUGUGCCGGGUGCUGCGUGGCGACCUACAUCCUGGGAAUCUGCGACCGCCACAACGACAACAUCAUGCUGAAGACCAGCGGCCACAUGUUCCACAUUGACUUCGGGAAGUUCCUGGGACACGCCCAGAUGUUUGGGAACAUCAAAAGGGACCGCGCCCCCUUCGUGUUCACCUCCGACAUGGCGUACGUCAUCAACGGAGGAGACAAACCGUCGAGCCGCUUCCACGGCUUCGUGGACCUCUGCUGCGAGGCGUACAACAUGAUCAGGAAGCACACGCACCUGUUCCUCAACCUGCUGGGCCUGAUGUUGUCCUGCGGGAUACCUGAACUGUCUGAUCUGGAUGAUCUGAAGUACGUCUACGACGCGCUCAGACCUCACGAGUCGGAGGCCGACGCCACCAUGUACUUCACAAGGUUGAUAGAGUCCAGUCUGGGCAGCGUCGCCACCAAACUCAACUUCUUCAUCCACAAUCUGGCCCAGAUGAAGUUCGCCUCCAGCGAGGAUCGACCCACGCUGUCCUUCGCUCCGAGGGUCCACACUGCGAAGAGCGACGGACUCAUCAGGAACCUCUACAUCUGCAGACACAUCAGGGCCGCCAGCACCGGGAAGGGAUACGCCUUUGUAGUGAAGGUGGAGCGUGAGGCUCAGCAGGAGGCGCUGCUGGUUCAGAGGACGUUUGAAGAGUUCCAUGAACUUCACAGCAAACUGAGACUCAUCUUCCCUUCAUCCAAACUACCCAGUUUCCCCAGCCGUCUUGUGAUUGGUCGAUCGCGUGGGGAGGCGAUGGCCGACAGGAGGAAGGACGAGCUGAACGGUUACGUGUGGCACCUUAUCCACGCCGCCCCCGAGGUCGCUCAGUGCGACCUCGUCUACACCUUCUUCCACCCGCUGCCCCGAGACGAGAGGCCGGGACCGGUUGUCGCCAAACCGGCAGAAUUGUUGUGGUCUCCAGCCGCAGGCAAAGCGCUCGGUGAGGUCAAACUGUCGAUCUCCUACAAGAACGACAAGCUCUUCAUCAUGGUCAUGCACAUACGAGGCCUGCAGCCCCUGCAGGACGGCACAGACCCGGACCCCUACGUGAAGCUCUACCUCCUCCCGGAUCCCCAGAAGACCAGCAAGAGAAAGACGAAGGCGGCGCGACGCACCUGCAACCCGACCUACAACGAGAUGCUGGUGUACGAGCGGAUCCCUCGGGGGGACCUGGACCAGAGGGUGAUCCACUUGCGAGUUCUUGGGGACGGGGCUUUCUGGGAGAACACCCUGCUGGGAGAGACCCUGAUCCCGCUCAAGAGGCUGGUCCCGGGUCAGCACUGGGUGGACUGGCACCAACUGGGCGCCGCUGGCUCCGACUCUGCCCACUGACAGGAGGACUUCUCCGGGAAGAUGGGAGAAGAAGAGUGAGAAAAGGGAAAAAAAGGAAAGUCCUUUCAAAGUAAAAGCCGUGUGGCUGAUCCUCCCUCUAUGUGAGAGGGAGUUUAAAGUUAAACCGUUUAACUUCACUAACGUCAUCAGUUUAGGAUGUUCGGUUUGUUUUUGAUAGAAAAAUGACAAAAUCUGGACUUUUAUUGGAAAAUAACAAUUUCUUUCAUUUUCAAUUUAAACUUUCAAAAAUGUCCGCUGAUGUGAUUUCAAACAAACUGCACAAUGAAGAUGCCUAAAACAAACUCACUUACUAGGUCUUAGGUCUUCAAAUUGAAUAGAAUUAUGUGAACUGUUUAACUGCCAGCAGACGUCUGUUAGAAUAUUUGUAUUUGUUAAAACGAAGACGCCUUCAAAAUUUUACUGUCCAGGGAAACACCUGUGUCCCGUAUUUCAGUUGGAAUGUGCAUAAACCGUUGCAUAAAUUCUCUGAAUGGUCACAGGUGGCUAAAUUAAUCUAACUUUGAAGAGCAGUGUUCUUAAUUUCAAUAAACUAAUCGAACGGACGGAUGACGCCAAUUUGUAAAAAGUGUGAGUUUGGCUCAAUUGAGGCCUGGUCGUCGAUGACGACGGGGGAAUAGUUGGUCAUUCAUUAAUUGAAUAAUUUUGUUCGGAGUUUGAGAGGACUCACUGCAGUCCAGGGUUUUUCAUUUAUUUUUAUUCACUGGUUUUGGUUUUGAUGUGGAUGCGAUUGGUCUGAUUUUAUAAAUAAGAUUAAAUAAUUUCUGUCAGUGAAAAAAGGGAAACCGAUGACUUAAAGAUUAAUAUAAUGACGAUAAUCGGAAUUAAAAAACUUUGUUUCUCGUACAUUUCAGUUGGCACAGGUGCAUGUUGGGAGAAUUGAGACGCCAUAUUGUUCAGAAGUUGGUUUACAUUGUACAUUUUUUUUCUAUUUCUAACAUACUUUAAUACGAUUUGAUUUCUGUCUUUCUGCAAACAAGAUGAAAGGAUGAUGUGAUUUUUCUAUUGUUGGUGCAUGAGAGAGACAGAGAUCCCUUUUGCCUUUGUUUCCAUGUUUCAUUCCUUCAUUUUGUUUUCAAUCCUGUGAUGUAUUCUACUGUUUUUGUUGGGUGGUUUGUCUGCUGCAGGUUCCCCCCCAUCUGCUCAGCACUUUUCCAAAUGUGAUACCUUGAAUAUCAGCAUUCUGAGAGAGAAACAAUGUUGGUUUCUCUCAGAUAUUUGAGGCAAACUGACUGAUUCUGUGCACCACUGAAAAUUACCUAACUGGUUGUCCCGAGCUUACCUUCUUUAUUUGACCCCUUUUAGAGUCGUGACUCAGUCGCGUUAUCAACCACACGCUUUUCCUUACUUUCACUAAGCAGUUCUGUUGCCUAAACCUGACUUCCUGUGAAGGUGGAACUUUAUUUUGAAUAUACGCUAUGUAUGUAACAGAGUUUAUUUUGACACGCUAUCCCUGAGGCGCAGAAAAGUAGCAAGACUGUCUCGUUUGAGGCUUGGGACCACUGAACUAAACACUGAUUUGGGGGAUGAUAUAUAAAUCAUGAGUUCUCCUCUCACACUCCUCCUCUUUUUCUACCUGUGACCCAAAUGCUCUCCUGUAAAUCUUCAAAAGGAACCAGUUGGCACAUUGUCGCAAUAUUGAUCCCAUCCGGCUAUAUUCUGACGCUGUGUUCAAAAGAGUGGCAGCGAUCAGUCGAUCCAAUCAAUUGGUCGAUUGACAACUAAUUUGAUUAUUCAAAUAGUUUUUUAUUAAAAUUAUGCAGAUUUGGCCUCUCAGAUGAGGAUUUUAAAAGCUUCAUACAUUUGACAUGUUAUUGACUUAAUGAUAAAUCUAUAUUAGGAUCUGCAAAUUCAUUAUUGAUCAAAAAGUUUAAUGUGUUAACCCAAGACUUAUUUAGAGGUUUGUUCAUUCCUUUUUUAUAAAGAAAGUCCCAAGAUUAAAUAUUCUUGUCACAGAGAAAAUUGGUUAAUGUGAAUGAUUUAAAUCAUCCUACAUUUCGUUAGAGUUCAGUAGAGCUGAGAGGAGAUGAGCAGUGAGGAAAACAGGAGCAGAAUGUAAGUUCACAGUGAACUGGAUCUUUAAGUACUGUACAGACUCCAUGAAAUGUGAUGAGGUUUUCCACGGCAGCGUAGGCGGCAGAAGCAGAAGCUCUUAUUAAUGUGUAUUAAUUUUAUUCUGAACAUGUUUUGUAUUAUUUGCACUACAAAAUAAACUUGAAUUGAAAAAAACAUGUCUUACUUGCAUCUUUUUGCCUUCUCAUUGCCCUGUCUUUUUUACUAUUUGGUUUGA